GUUCCCAAUUUUUCAUAAACAGUGUUACAUCGUGCGCUCCAAAGGUAAUGUCUCAUUCCUCUAAGGCUGUGUCCUUUCCUUUUCUUUCUGUUUUUAUCUUUUCUUGUUUUUCUGAUCAUAUUGUUAUGUGCAUUGAACCCUUUGUUAGGCCUGAAGUUCUCGGGGGGGGUGGUGGGGUGGGUGAUAAAAUGCUUUUAUCAAAAAAAAAGAUGAUUUUCUCCUCAGCGGUAUCUUAGACCCAUUUAAACCUGAGUGAAGAAAGGUAUUGAUCCUACUGUACAUAACUUGGAUAAUUGUAUCUGUUAUAAAGCAAAUGUUGAAUGUUUUCAAUUAUAGAAAUUCUGUAUAGAAAUGUUCUAAUAAAUAUCAUUUUGGGGGAGGAACUCACCAUGACUUCAGGUUUCCGUAGUGCAAAGGCAGGGGGUGGGUUUUGCUCCUGAGGAAGUUUGAAGGUUCAAGGGUUGAUGCAGAUAACUUUUUAAAAUGCUCUUUUAAAGGGCACAUUCACAGAAUAAAUGUCCUGUUCCAGCCCCAACACUGAGGUGAGAAAACAUUCAAAAGCACAGCAAGGAUUUGGGGAUCUGCUUCCUGUGGGAAGUUGUUCAGUCUCCCAACUCCUUGUCAUGCAUCUAAAAGGUUUUCCCUUGGGAUAACGCUUUUCCUUGUGCUUUCACUCCAUGAAAGGAGAGAGAAGCCAUGUCCAUUUUCUCUCUCAAAUUGCCAGUUUAAUGGGAGAAACCUCUGCAUGGGUUUUAAGCACCAACUGUCCCUUUCUUUGCUCAGUAAGGCCUAGUCUAAAGUAAGUUCCUUACUUAAUUGGUCUCAAAUUCUGCUACAGCCUCCACAGCCCCUCUGUUUGAACCUGCUGCCUUUCCCAGCUAAUUCCAAACACUAAAUCUUCCAUACCAUUGGUUUCAUGGAAGGAACCCACUUCUUUUUUUCACUCCUUUAAAUCAGCUUUAUAAUUAAACCCACUUAAAGUGUUUACUUAACAGCAGGUUGUUAACACAGUUAACUAUUGCUUAAAGAAAUUCCAAAGCUGCAAGGAUUUUUCUCCUUGUAGGAAUACCCCUUAUUAGCAAGGGAACACCAAAGAACACCCCCUAACUAUUGAGAAAUUUAAUAGUGUCUUAAUAGCAUUUAUUCCCCUGUGUUAAACCAAAGAAGUUUUCUGUUUUAUUUAGCAUUACAGAAGUGGAAGGUCUUGGCAUUUGGAGCUUAAAAACAAAUCAGGAGUGUAAACACUCCUGAUCCACAGUUCCAUCUUUUGGGAUGUGUUCCAGCACUGCAGUGUUUUGUGACCUAAUAGCUCAAAACUCCAGGGAAGAUACGUGGUUAAGAAGCAGUAUUUUAUUAGAGCACUGAAAAACUGACUUCAUCCUGCCCAAUCUGUGCCACUGUAAAUUUAGAAAAAGCAUCUGUGAUUGAUUUUUUUAUUUGGAGAGAGGGGAGCUCAUUGGAGGAAGGUUUGAAAAGCAAAAUAAUACUUGGGAGGAGAGAGAGGAAAGAUGUUUUCAUAUAUUAAAGUAACUUCAACUGCAAAUGAUCUGGACUACUUUAUUUCUCCCCCAGUAUUUGAGCAGGUUCUGAUGUUUGUCUGGAUAGGAGGGUUCCCUGUGCAGCAGGAGCUCAGGCUCACUUGGAAAAGUAACUUUAUUUUGGGUUUGAAAUAGGACAGAGACCCCAGGUCGUAGAAUCAAACAGAUUGGUACAAAAUGCAGUUGCAUUUCCCAUUCAGGCUGAAUGGAGGAUCUGGAAAAUAGGGAGGAAGUCUGGAUUUAACUGUAGGGUGGCACAUAAUGUCCUGCUGUGGGUUUUUGGGAGUUCAGGAGCUGAAGUGUUGGCUGAUUUAAGGCAGAACUGUUGCUUUGUGUUCCUGAGGCCGAGCAGGUACAUGGAGAGGGAGAAGGAAGUGGGGGAGGGAGGUGAAGCAGAGAAUCUCUCACAUAUCAUAGCUCUUCUUUUUUAAAAUACAUGACUUUAAAGUGACUUUGUCAUCUAAGAAGUUAAUAAUAACCUCAGAACCAUUUCAAUUCCACUAGUUACCCGUUAUUUGUUGCCAAAUUGUAUCUUCUCUGUGAUUACAAAUUGUAGAGUUAUAUUAAAUGAGUAUUUAAAGAUACAUCUUUGAAAAUUGUUUACUGCAUGCAUAAAAGGAUACUUGGUACAACUUUCAAGUAUGCACAGUUAGUUAAACCUCAAACAGAUUUCAUGUAAAAGCUUAAAAAAGCCUGUUUGUACAAUCUGUAGUUUUAAUAAUUUUAAUUCGUUGAAUUCCAUGUAUGUAACUGGAUUUUUUCACUAUUUUUUUGUCUUACCUUCACCUCUUUUUUUUUUUUCCCCUGUGUCAUUCUCCUCUUUCACUUCAUCUGAAUCCCUGAUUUUAUUUUAUUUUACCAUCUUCCCAUCUUGCUGUUUGUCAAACAGAACAACAAAACCUGCUCCUCAUCUCGAUGGCGUCCAUGUUGUCUUUGGACUGGUUAUUUCUGGUUUUGAAGUCAUAGAACAGAUAGAAAACCUCAAAACUGACACUGCAAGUCGACCCUACGCAGACGUUCGGGUCAUCGACUGCGGGGUGCUCGUGACCAGAUCAGCCAAGGAUGCUUUGGAGAAGAAGAAGAAAGUCUGUUCUGACUCCGAAGGCUCCGAGUCCUCCUCCAGUGCAUCCAGCUCUUCAGAAUCCUCAUCUGAAAGUGAAGCUGAAAAUGAAAGGAGCAGAAGGAGAAAGAGGAAGAGAAGAACUAAAACCAAACAGUCCAGAAAACGAAGGAAGGAGGAGAGGAGGAAAGAGGAUCCAAGGUGCAAGCGAAGCUCAAACCAAAGACGCAGCCUUUCUGACAAGAGUGAUGUCCCAGACAGAGUGGACGUGAGCACAAAGAGGGACAAGCCCGUGGUACGUCCUGAAGAAAUCCCCCCAGUGCCUGAAAAUAGAUUUUUGCUCAGAAGAGAUGUGCCUGUUGUCAAUGUAGAGCCUGAACCGAAGCUUCUUGAUGCCACUCCAGUUCUGACUGACCAGAAACCAUCAGUCUCGAAAUCCGGACGAAAAAUUAAAGGAAGAGGCACAAUACGAUACCACACCCCCCCUCGAUCCCGGUCGUGUUCCGAAUCCGAGGAUGACGAGAGCAGUGAGACCCCUCCUCACUGGAAAGAGGAGAUGCAGAGAUUGAGGACAUACCGACCUCCCAGUGGGGAGAAGUGGAGCAAAGGAGAUAAGUUGAGUGACCCAUGUACAAGCAGAUGGGAUGAAAGAAGUGCAUCCCGGAGAUCCAGGUCCUGGUCCCAUAAUGGUUAUGCUGAUCUAAACACCACGAGAUACUCCAGCCAUCACAAGAAGCACAGGAAAGAAAAGAAGAAGGUGAAGCAUAAAAAGAAAUCUAAAAAGCAGAAGCAUUUCAAGAAGCACAAGCAAACGAAAAAAAAGAAAGCCUCGGCCUCAUCAGACGUGGAAUCUUCUCAUUCCUUCCACAGGAGGACAAAGUCAUCUUGUGAUCGUGAGAGGAAAUCUCGUUCUUCUUCCUUGUCUUCUAGGCGUUCAUCCAGAAGGGACUGGUCCAAGUCUGAUAAGGAAGAUCAGAGCUCAUCAUCUUUAUCAAGCAGAGGGUCUCGCUCUUACUACAGGUCCAGGUCCAGAUCCAGAUCCAGGUCUAAAUCAAGGUCUUACUCCCGAAGAAGUUCUAGAUCGAGAUCAGCCUCUAAAUCAUCACGUUCUCGAAGUAGGUCAAGGUCCAGUUCUAACCCCAGGCAGCAAAAGACUGUUCCCAGUUCUCCACGGAAUAUUUCAACCCGAUUAAAUGACAGUAAGUUGACCAAGGCAGCCGAGCCCGUCCGAGCAGUUCUUCUGCCCAGUGACAAAGUUGUCGUCCCACCAGUUGUCCCAGAAAACCUCCCUGUGAUACCCUUAAGCGACAGUCCACCUCCCUCCAGGUGGAAACCUGGGCAGAAACCAUGGAAGCCAUCCUAUGAGCGAAUUCAGGAAAUGAAAGCUAAAACAACCCAUUUAAUACCCACCCAACCUAAUUACAGCCUGGUGGUCGUUAAAGAGGCCAACACCUCCUCCUCCUACCGCAAGCGGGAGAGGAGCUCGGAGAGCGAUCGGAGCGGGUAUUCCAAGGGCCGCAGCGACAGGAGCUCGGAGAGUUGGCCGAGGUCCAGGAGCAGGUCCUCCCGAAGUCAGUCCUACUCCAGAUCCUACACAAGAUCCAGAAGUCCAUCGAGCUCUAGGACAAAAUCCCGCUCUUCUGGCAGGUCCCCGUCACCGAGCAAAUACCGCAGUGACCGGUCGGGGUACAGCGAGUCCACGUCUUACUAUUCCCUCAGCGACGAGGACAGGCACGGGAACAAAAGGAAAUCCACGUCCAGCGAUCAGAAAGCUCGGGGCUCCAAACUGAGGCAGGAGACGAGCUCGGAAAGUCCCCUGCCUCACAAGCAUCCCAAAGACUACGAUGAGUCUUCCCAAGGAUUGAAGGAGAGCGACACUUUGUCAUCCUCAGACUUCUCCAGCGACAGCGAGCGCUCCGCCAAAGCGAAAGCGGUCCCAGAGAAGGAAAGUCGUUUUCCAUUAGAAGGGGACGCUCAGAAACAGGAUAAAAAUAGCUUGAGUUCUGAGAGAGGGGAGGAGAAGUCCAAGUGUGAGCGGGAUUCUGAUCACUCCAAAAGGAAAGCAGGGAAGGAGAAGUUUCUGGAGGAACCCAGAGGAGGGGCAAAAACGAAACGGAAAUCCUACUCAGGCAGCAAAUGGGACUCAGAGUCAAAUUCUGAAAGAGGAGAGGCAAGGCAUAAUAGGGGGGAUUCCAGACCCUCCUCUGGUAAAGAAGAAGGAGAGGCCACCUCAGGGUCUGAUACAGAGCUCAGUGUCACCAAAAGGAUAAAGAAACAAUCCAAUUCCUCCGAAGGCUUUUUGGACUCUGAUUGGAAGACAAACAAACAGUUGUCAUCUUCUGAAUCCAACAGUUCCUGUUCCAGCUCAGCAGACACUCGAGGCAAGUCAAAAAAACACAAGCAUGGGUUGAAAAAACAACUUAAGAAAUCACAUUCCAAAAAGCCAAAAGAAAAAUCCAAAGGGAAAAAGGAGAAAAAACACAAAGUCCAGAAAAGAAAAGAGAUGUUUCAUUGGCAGCCCCCCCUCGAGUUUGGUGAAGAAGAGGACGAUGAGAUAAAUGAAAAGCCAGUUGCCAAGGAUGAUAAAAAAGAAAAGCAGCUUACCAGGGACAUAAAGGAUAAAAAACAAGUUUAUGAAAAGGAUGAAAUAGUCACAGAUAAAAUGGGAAACGGUGAAAAGUCGUGUGGGAGUGAAAACCUUUUAGAUAAAAACACCACAGGUGAGGCCUCCCCAGAUCGCAGCAACCUUAAUAAAGAGAACAUUGAAACAAACGCUUCAACUGGUGCUUUAAACUCAGGAAUAAACGUUUCUGCCUGCAAGAAUGAGAUUAAACAAGCUGAAGAAAGUAACCAGAACGGAUUGGAGGACGUUAUUCAGACAGAUGACAACAUGGAGAUCUGUACUCCGGAUCGUAACUCGCCAGGGAAGGUGGAUGUGGACGUUUUGUCUCCUGUCAUUCUCACUCCUAAACCCCAGGCUUUAAGUGCUGCUAUAAAAAAAGAGCUACAGGUUGAGACCCCUGAGCAAGAUGCUGUCAAACUAGGAAACAACAUUAGAGACUUGAUUCACAUUAAAGAAGAAAAAGAAACAGGAAGGCAAGAAAAUAACUCUCUGUCUGGUGCUAAAGACUGUGGUUUGAAAAGUGAAAUGACUGAAAAUCCACAAAGCAAUAUGAUAGACAAUAAAUGGAAGCCUUUGCAGGGUGUUGGUAACCUACAACCAGCAGCAAUUAGUACAGCCACGGAGGUUAAGAGUGUAGCAGUAGCACCAGAGCCUAAACCAGCAGGUUUAAGGAUUGAAAUAAAAGCCAAGAAUAAAGUAAGGCCUGGGUCUCUGUUUGAUGAGGUCAGGAAAACAGCCCGGCUCAAUCGGCGGCCCAGGAACCAGGAAAGUUCCAGCGAGGAGGAAUCUCCAAGCAGAGAUGACAACAGUCCAUCCAGGAGCCUCAGUAGAUCACGGAGUAAAUCUGGGUCUAAAUCCAGACACAGAACAAGGUCCAUAUCCUACAGUCACUCCAGAAGUCGAUCUCGAAGUUCUACAUAUUCAUACAGGUCAAGAAGCUACUCGAGAAGCAGAAGCAGAGGGUGGUACAGCAGAGAUCGCUCAAGGAGUCGAAGCAGUUCUUACCACAGUUACAAGAGUCGUAGUCGAAGCUACAGCCGAAGCCGAUCCAGAAGUAGUUCUUAUGGUCAUCACAGUCGAUCCAGUAGGUCCUACACAUAUGACAGUUACUACAGCAGGAGUCGGAGCAGGAGUAAAAGGAGUGACAGCUACCGACGGUCUCGGAGCUACGAUCGGAGAUCCAGGUCCUACGGCUCCGACAGCGAAAGCGAUCGCAGCUACUCCAACAACAGGAGCCCCAGUGAGAGCAGCAGAUACAGCUGAAAACACUUCUGGGAGGAUGAAAACUGUGUUCCAUCAUUUUUUUCAGUGUUAUAUUAAAAAAACAAAACAAACAACAGAACCAAACUGUUUUGAUGGUGUCACAGGUGAAGGCUGGUUGCUGAAUUCGCUGAAACUUUCCCAUUUACCGGUGAACUCGCUCGACUCUGUGCUCACAGAGAGAAGGACUGAGCUCCACAGCUGAGUUGAUUUUUUUAAUUUUUUUAUGUGAAAUGCAACUUUUACAGGAUAAUUAAAAAAAAAACAAAACCAAACCCCAGCAGUUUUGUUUCCUCGAAUUAGCUUUUCCAAGCCAUGGAUGAAUUGCUGCCACCGCUUUUCCGGGUGCAACAGAGUCUGUUUAUAAAUAAACACCUUGAGGGCUUUGUGCCUGUUCCUGGGAAAUGUGUGUGAGCAACUAUUAAACUGUGAAGUCCAUUUCUUACCGAGGCUGCCGUUUCUAGUUUAUGAAAAUGCUUUUUUUAAUGCUGGAAUCUGCAUUCUGUGCUGUCUUGGUUGUCGACUGUUGCGUUCUGUACAGGAUAGAGGCGAUGAAAACAAAGCUGCCACUCUGUCUUAAUCCUUCCUGAACUGUGAGGUUGAGGAAUUCUGCUGGAAAAGGUGAGAUGAUGCACAGUGGGAAUUGUCAAACUGACAAGCAGUGAGCAAAAGUGGGAUGUGAAUGAGUUUUGAGCUUAAUGUCCAACUUGUCUAAACUUUUUAUGUUUCAAAAAUGAAUUUUGUGAUAAACAGCAGUGUCCUUCAGAGACUAAAAAAGUGUUUCCAAACACUUCUUGACUUUCAUUUCAGUUCCUAUUACAGUGCUUGGCAUCCUCCACCACAUCUUGGGUGUUGUUAAAGCAUUGAGUGUGUCAUGAGUUUGUCCAAAACACUUUUUGAUAAUUUUUUGAGAAAACCAACUAUAGAGGUUCCUUUAUGAAAUGCCUGUAGGUGUAUCCCAUCCUAUGUUCCAUAUAGGGAAUAUCAGAUAUUGAUACUGCAGAUACUGAACUCUAGAUUGUUAAAAGGAUGGGACUACAAAAAUACUGGGUUGCCUGAUAAAAAGCAUGGACAGUACUUUACUUUGAAAGUUUAUUACCAAAAAUGACUCCAUGUUCCAGGUAUUUGCAAAAAAAUAAAUAGAUUUAAGCUGAAGACCAUUGAGUAAGUUUUGCAAUAUUCUGACUGAGUUGCUGUAAAAUAAUUUGUGAAGUUUUUCAGGGGUUUAGAAAGUUGUGUACUGAGAACCAGAUUUUUAAUGGCACAAUGUGACCUGCAAAUUGGGGUCUGUAGUGACACAACAGACUUAACAUUGUUUGAUUAGAGCUAACUAGCUCUGUUGUAUCAUAAUAGUUUUCAUUACUGACUUUCUGUAAUAUCUGGAGAUGCUUUCAUUUCUCUCAAAUGUUUUCAAAUACUGGAAAUGAUUUUUUUUUUUUUUGGUGUGUGUGAUCUCAUCAGGCCCCAACAGCUUUGAAAAUUAAAAGUGGUUAUUUCUCGCUUAGGCAUCAAUUCAUUCUCUCUUUGAUUGAAUUAAACUACCCCCAAAUUAGAUAAUUUUUUUCAUACACUUGUGAAACAUGAAAAGCAAGUUCAAAGGGAAGUUUGCAGACUGUGAUGAUUCCCUCCAUUUCUGUCCGUCAGCAGCUGAAUAAGAUGUUUGUGUGCACGUUCCUGAAGCUGAAUUUGCCACAGAGGUUUUUUCACUUUUCUAUGAGAACCCAAAAUUCUGAACUUUCCCCCUUCCUACACUUGUAGUUUAGUGACAAAGUGUGUGCAUGUAACCCUUUCCAGUCAAUCUUUUGUAAGCUUCUUAUGCCUUCUAACAUUAAAUACAUUUCUUACUCGAGGCAGGAUGCAUUUAGAGACAGGUUUCUAACAGCAGGAGCCAUCUGAGAGUCCUGAACAAAUAUUUCAGUAACAUUUGUUGCACUUUCAUCAUUUUCAUUGCAAAUGUAACUUGUUUGUCCCUUACUAAGAAAAUAGAACUAGAGGGCUCAUGUGUAACAAAAUAUACAAAUAGAACUGUUACCAUUUGAUACUUAUUAGUGGAAAAAAUAGCAGAAUCAGACUUCUGUUAUAUAUCAGAGCUGAUCUGAGUUUUUAAGGUCAGGAAAAGGUAAUAGAAAUAUGGUCAAUCAAUUAACUGUAGUUAUCAAAAAUUACUGCAGUGCCACUAAAGUCUUUCACAUCUUGAAUUAAAGCUUUAUAAAGAAAUUCCAUCAGGUUGGGGAGGGGGGUGAGGGAAGGGUUGGGGGCACUUAGUGAAUUCUGUUCAGUUGUGCUUCGGGUAGAAAACAUCCCCCUGAGCUGGUUUUCUAACUUUGGUCUAUGUUUUUGCAAUUUUGUUAUUCCAAAGUAGUCGCUGUUUGUAAAAUAAACUUUUGUACAUAUCUGCAA